AUGGCUACAACCAAUUCCGCCGACGAGGCGAAAUUCGACAUGAUCAAUCUCAAGAUCCAGACCCUGUCAUCGUUUGGACACUUCCUUGCCGAAGCUUCCAACAUUGACAAUGGCACUUCUAUCAACGCUCUACAGUCGGCCAAAGACGAGCAUGGUAAUAUCCUCAAGGACGAGGCAGGCCAGCCUGUCAUAACACCCUCAUUCCCUCAUAGAAUUCGACCUGAGAUCUAUGAGGUUGUUGCUCUCGCGAAGCUAAUUGUUCGCUAUGCCAAUGAGAUCGUUGCUGUUGCUCUGAACACAACUUCAUCUGGCUUGAGAAUUGUGGUCUGUGCUACUGGUGGACAAUCUGACAAGUUCCCGGGAAAGGUCGUCCCUUUGACACUAGAGGCUGUCAAUGAGGCAAUUCGAAGCUCGAAUAUGAUGAUGACCAGGUACAUCUAUGGGAUUGGCGUUGAUGAGAUGUCUGAGAAGCUUUCCAACGCCCCUGAACCAGCUACCCAGGCCCCCAAUGAGCCCCGUGUUCCCUUUGAGGACCAUGCCGCUGCUGUGGUCAACCUGUCCUUGAACAUGAUUACCAGGUGGAGAAAUCACGUUGGGAUUCAAUUCCGUCCUAGGUACCUUCUGGCGCAGUAUGAGACGUCAAUGGCGCUCCCUGCUAUUAUCCAGCGUUACCGAGCUCAGACCGCAAUCUUCGAUGAGUUCGAGAACUUGCGGCCGCAUAUUGUGGCUCUCACUGAUCCCGACCUUGAUGGCGUUGGAAUUGUGCAUAAUGAUGCACUGGAGAAAGCAAUCACGGAUCUCUUCAGAGAAUGGCUACCGAGAAUCAAUCAUACCUGCACCGACAUUGCCGAGCCCUGCAUCGGCAUGGACGAUUCCAAGCCCAACUGGAAGGCUAACAUCGCAAAGGCCAUGUAUGCCCUCUGGCUUUCCGAGAUCGUGACCACGAGAAAUGCUAUUGCACAUAUUACCGAGGUGCUUGCGAAGCGCACUGCAUACUACAAUUCGGAGAUGCUUCAAUGGAAUGCGUCUAAUCCAUUCGACCGGGAAGUUCUCUUGGCGAUCCGUCGCCUGACGGACAGGCUCCUCUGGAUAGAUAAGGUCCGACAUCCCCUUAGUCCUCUGGUUCUUCCAUUCUUCACCAUCUGCGGCCGUCUUAUGUGUCGCAACCCGGCUCGGUUCCAGGCUACAUUGAUGGCAGCUUCUCGUAAGCCGAAGGUCGACAUCACGACUACUCGCAUCUCCAUGUACUACCUUGGUGUGAAUCAGCUCGACCAGGAGAGAGAGGCAGGUCGAGUCAUCUUCGAGGCGUUUGCCGACAUCGCCGCCUAG